AUGAACUUCAGCCUUCUCAGAAACCUUUAUCUUGAUUGGCAUCUGCGAGUCCUGGGCUAUGAGGACCCAUGCCUGGGAAAUAACGCCAUCCUCCCCUCUCCACGACCCAAACCUCGUGUAGUCUCUUGUCAAUAUGUAUUGCAGACGCUCCAGAGGUUGCCAGAGCUCAGAGACGUCAAGGCCCUGCAAGCCAGACAGGAGAAACUGCAGCCGAGAGAACGUGCCGACAGGACUCUGAAACUAUUCUGUCGAUGCGCCGGACCGCCUCUGAUCCGAGCCUAUGAGAUACUUGCGAAACUCAAAGACAGGCUGGAGGCCCUAGAGCCGCGAGCCUCAGAAACAACCUUUCUCCUGCACAAAGAACUCGUGGAAUCUCUCGUCGAGGUCAGGAAAUGUCAUGCAAUGUGGGAAGUCAGUGUCGGUGACGAAGCCUUCUUUAAAAAACACCCGUGGCCACGAUCUGUGCGGUUCGAGUAUGUCAGAUACAUGCUGCAGAUCUUGCACGUUAUCGCCAACCUAACCUUCCCGGAAGAUCUUCAGGACUACCUGGAAGAGAUGGAGAUGGUCCUGGCACGAAAAGACUGGCGGGACCAUAUUGUCUUGGACAGCGAGGUGACCUAUCAGCGGAGCAAGAAGCACCUGAGGCCCGAGGUCAUCGCACCUGUGCACCAGUUCCCCGUAGAAUUCUUGUUGCACGGCCAGAAGAUGUUGAGCCCUUUCCUAAUCCACAACACUUCUGUGUAUGGGCACCGGCUAAUCGCCAACGAGUACGCUGCACAGCAAAACGAAGAUGCUGCGAAGGUCUAUCUCAACCUAAAGAGAUUCAACAACUGGGAUCAGCAAUGGUGA